GAACUUCUGCCCAGCGCGCCUAGUAAAAUGAAUGAAAGUAAACCUGGAGGCUCACAGAAUCCCACAAUCUGAUAUUCUUCUAAAGAAGAGAAUUCGAUCCUGAUGGCUGGUUUCUGAGAAAUGGAUAAGUCAUUUAACUUUUCUGGAUCUCCUUUUGCUUAUAUGUAAAAAUAAGAUUUUUCAUUUAUCAAAUUCUAAGAUUCUGAAAUUACUUGGUACGUAGAAAUACCUGUCAUCAUUACCUGCUUAUUUUUGUCUAACCCUUUAGGGCCUCAGUGGAAGAAAGGAGAAAAUGGUUAGGUCUCUAAGGGAGUUGUUCAUUUUACUACUUUGUUUUCAUUGUUGUUAGUGAUAAAUCUCAGAAAAGACUUGUUUGAAGGCUUAAGAAGUAAAAGAAAAGUAUUUUAUUUCACAGAGAACCUGGAAAGAAAAGUUCUGACUAAAGAUUCUUUUCCCAUAUAGGUCAUUACAGAGUAUUGAGUAGAGUUCUCUGUGCUAUGUGUUGAUGUCAAGUGGAAUUUGGCAGAGGGGUAAAGAAGAAGAAGGAGUUUAUGGUUUUCUAAUAGAAGAUAUCAGGAAAGAAGUGACUAGGGCUUCGAAACUGAAAUGCUGUAUUUGCAAGAAAACCGGUGCUUCAAUUGGAUGUGUCGCACCCCGAUGUAAACGAAGUUAUCAUUUCCCAUGCGGACUUCAGAGAGAAUGUAUUUUCCAGUUCACUGGCAAUUUUGCGUCAUUUUGUUGGAACCAUCGACCUGUUCAGAUAAUUACAUCUAAUAAUUAUAGAGACUCCUUACCAUGCACCAUUUGCUUGGAAUUUAUUGAGCCUAUUCCAACUUACAGCAUAUUACGAAGUCCUUGUUGUAAGAAUGCUUGGUUCCAUAGAGACUGUUUACAGGUUCAAGCAAUAAAUGCAGGAGUGUUUUUCUUUAGGUGCACAAUAUGCAAUAAUAGUGAUAUAUUUCAGAAAGAGAUGUUGAGAAUGGGAAUUCAUAUUCCUGAAAAAGAUGCAUCUUGGGAAUUAGAGGAAAAUGCUUAUCAAGAGCUUCUGCAGCACUAUGAGCAUUGUGAUGUCCGAAGAUGUCGUAGCAAAGAAGGGCGAGACUAUAAUGUGCCUGACAGCAAAUGGGAAAUAAAGCGCUGUCAGUGUUGUGGUUCUCGCGGAACACAUUUAGCCUGUUCCUCACUACAAUCAUGGGAACAAAAUUGGGAAUGUUUGGAAUGUAGAGGCAUUCUUUACAAUUCAGGUGAUUUCCAAAAAGCCAAAAAACACACAUUACCCAACACUAAUGUGGGAAUAACUGAUUGUUUGUUGGAGGAAUCCUCACCUAAAUUACCCAGACAGUCUCCUGGAGCCCAGCGUAAAGAUCUGCUGAGGCAAGGCAGCAAAUUUAGAAGAGAUAUUUCGACUCUAAUAAUAGAGCUAGGAUUCCAAAUUAAAAAAAAAACUAAAAGAUUAUUUAUCAACAAAGCCAAUAUCUGGAGUAGUGCCUUAGAUGGAUUCAGAAAUCAAAACUUUAAUCCUUCAUAUACAAUUGAAAUAGCAUAUGUUAAUGAAAAUGAUCAUUUUGGAAAAGAGCAGCCUGGAUCAAAGCAAGAAUUCCUAAGUCUCUUAAUGCAGCAACUUGAGAACUCACCAUUGUUUGAAGGGUCCUUGUCAAAGAACUUGUCUCUCAAUUCUCAAGCUCUGAAAGAGAAUCUUUACUAUGAAGCUGGCAAAAUGCUUGCCAUUUCUUUGGUUCAUGGUGGUCCUUCACCUGGUUUCUUUUCUAAAACCUUAUUUAACUGCCUUGUUUAUGGACCAGAAAGUACGCAACCAAUUUUAGACGAUGUCUCAGACUUUGAUGUGGCACAGAUUAUAAUCAGGAUAAAUACUGCAGCAACUGUGGCUGACUUAAACUCUUUAAUAAAUGAAUAUUAUAACUACCUAGAGCUUAUUGGUUGCCUAAGACUUAUAACAUCAUUAAGUGAUAAAUAUAUGUUGGCAAAAGACAUACUUGUUUAUCAUGUAAUUAAGAGAGUCCAAGCACCUUUUGAAAGUUUUAAACAGGGUUUGAAAACUCUUGGUGUUUUGGAGAAAAUUCAGACUUAUCCAGAAGCAUUUUGUAACAUCUUCUGUCAUAAACCUGAGAAUCUUUCCACAAAAAUUCUUAGUGAUCUUUUUACAGUACACACAUUAUCUGACGUACAGGCUUUGGGGUUUUGGAACAGUUACUUACAGGCUGUUGAGGAUGGUAAAUCUACAGUAACAAUGGAAGACAUUCUUACUUUUGCUACUGGUUGCAGUUCCAUUCCACCUGCUGGAUUUAAACCCACUCCAUCAAUUGAGUGCCUUCAUAUGGAUUUUCCUGUUGGAAACAAGUGUAAUAACUGCUUAGCUCUUCCUAUCACCAGUACAUAUAAAGAAUUUCAAGAAAAUAUGGACUUUGCCAUUAAAAACACUCUAAGAUUAGAAAAGGAAGAAAAUUCUCACUUCAUUGGACAUUAACUGUUUUGAACAAA